UUUUUAUAAAUGUAUGCACCUUAUAAAUAUGUAAUGUUCCUUCUUUUGUUUUGAAUUAUAUUAUGUAAAAGAAUAGUAGUCAAGUAAAGAACAUGUAUUUAUUAUCCACGUAUAUAAAUUUAUAUAAAUUUUAAUGAAAUUUUAUUGAUAACUUUAUUUACCACAGUGCUGCCAAGUAUGCACUUGCUUUCACAUAUGCAUGCCUUGCUAUAGCUUCAAAGAUAGCACACUUUAUUUAACUCAAACAGCUAUAUAUUAAUAAUACUUCAAGAAAUGCGACGAAUAUUUCGUUGUUACGACGAUAUUUUGUAGUACAUAAAAAGGAAUUUACAUAUUAUAUCAAUAUAGCUACAUUUUUUAAGGUUGGUGAUAUUUAAAGAGUUAUUCAUGUACAAUUUAUAUAAAUUGUUGAGCUUUUUAUUUAACGUACUCUUCUAUUAGAAUAAAUUUUGCAUGCAUUGUAAGAUCAUGGAUACAUUUCCUACGCAAAGGUAUGAAACAAAGAUUGAAAGUUUUGACACAUGUAUGAUCGAUCCUGCAAAUCAACAGCAAGAAAUAUCUGAAACAGUCAGUGAUCAGACAUCUUCUCAAACAAUUGAAAUAGAGAAUCAAGAAAAUCAUGAAAAUUCAAAUUUACAUCAGCAACAACAUGAUUCAGAAGUGCAACAUCAACAAGAUCAACCUAAUCAAAUUUCACAUAUACAAUCCAAUAUUCAACAAAGCAUGACUCUUACUCCAAUUAGAAUACCAGCUAUACUCGAUGGAGAAUAUUUUACAGUAAUUAGAGUAGAAGACAGUAAUAUAACAGUUCAAUGUGUACAAUGUCAAAGACAUUUAAAUGGAAAUUUGAGAUCUACUGGAAAUUUUUUAAGUCAUAUUAAAAGAUUACAUCCUUUUAUGGUUGAUAAAAUUAAAUCUAAAGCUAAUCAAAGAAAACCUGCAAUGAUAUAUAUUGAUUUAUCAGCAGCUAAAUGUCAAGAAAUAAUAAGAACAAGAGGAGGAUAUAGGAAAUGUUACAAAACAGAUGUAUGGCAACCAGAAAGUGAGGAAGCUUAUGAUCAGUCUAAUGAAUGGUCUGAAAGUCCAGUAAUUCGUAGACGUAAGAUAGAUGAAGCUGAAUGUUCUGAUCUUUUAAAAAUAUCACAUAAUAAUUCAUUUGUAAUGGGAGAUGAGUUUGAUGCAAUUGGACGAAAUAUUGCAGCAAAACUUAGAAGUAUGAAAUUAGACCAAAGAAUUAUAGCUGAAAAAUUAUUAAAUGAUAUUUUAUUUGAAGCACAAUUAGGAAAUCUUCAUAAAGACUCUAAUAUACAUGUAUAGGAAAAACAUGUUAUAGACUAAGGAAUGUGUGCAAGUAGAUAAUAUAGUUAUAAAUGAAUGGAUGUAUAAGGGAGCAUAUAUUUUUUAUCAAAUUAAACUUAUUAGUAUUUCUUUAUUAAUGUUAUCUUAAUACGUACCACUUUAAUAUUAAUAAUCUCAAAGUGGUUUUCUGCUAAGAUUUGGCAGUCAAUAUGAAACAAUGUGUAAAAAAUAUUUUACACAAAUAUUUUUUAGUUAAAAUCGCGAUAAUAAAGAGAUAGUAAUGAAAUGAUAAGUAUUUAAAUUUAAUAUACAUCUUUAAAGAUGAGAGAAACACAGAGUAAGAGAUAUACAUAUUUUAACACUUAUAAGUAUUCACAUAAGUAUCUCUAUAUAUAAAUGUGCAAUGUAAAUAUUACUAUACAGAUAUAAAAUUCGUAGAUAAGGAGAAAUGCUGCUGUAUCUAGUAACUAUAUGUAAAUGUUUUUAGACGGAUUUUCUUAUGAAUGUUUCAUAAACAUAGCUACCUAAUUUAUAAUCAUGUAUGAUAAAUACAUUUUUCACAUUAUGUAACUAUCAAUAUCAGUCCUCAGUUUCUCAGUUUAGAUUUAAACAUUGUAACUAUAAAUUUUAAUUGCAUCAGCUACUCCAUUGUCCUAUUCGUUAAUAAUAGUUUUCUAGUAUAUCUAUUUUGUAAAUGAUUUGUAUAAAUAUAAAACAACCUCAUGUUCAAG